AUGACGCUGCGCGGGCUUGUGCGGCCGGGCGAUGAGGUGGUGGUGGUGAGCGCGGUGCCCGGGUCGGCGGACUCGCUGGCGAUGCCGAGCGCGCUGGUGGGCGAGACGGAGUUGUCUGCGCUGGCGCGGUUUGUGGCCAACGAGGAGGCCAAGGCGCGUGAGCUCGUGACCGAGGUUGCGGCGGGAAUGAGCCAGUUGCACUCGGGCGAGGUGAGGGCCAGGGCUGAGAUGCUUCUGGGAGUGCCCAAGGACGAGCUGAUCAAGCGAGCGUCGGCCGAGGACGUCGACGUGGUGGUUGUGGGCUCGCGCGGGCAUGGGACGAUCAAGCGGACGCUGCUGGGCUCGAUGUCGACGGCGCUCCUGCACCAGUGCCACAAGUCUAUUCUUGUUGUCCGCGAGCCGCCUGCGGCCGACGAGCAUCUGCAUGCGCGGCGGUGGCUGGUGGGGCUGGACGACUCGACGGCGGCGCUGGCGGCGCUCGAGGGCGUGACGGCCAUAGCAGGCAAGCAAGAGCACAUCUUUCUGGUCUCGGCCUUUCAGCCGUUCUUUGGCCUCCACGACGAUCUCGAUGCGUGGCUCGGCAACGAGGAGACGCGCAACGUGUACGUCACCGAGGCUGUCCUCGCCCUCGAGGCCAAGCACCAGGAGCGGCUGGUCAAGGCCGGUCUCCAGUGCUCGGCCUCGUUCCGCAUCGGCGAUCCGCGCAAGGUCCUUGUCGAGGAGGCCAAGGCCAACAAGGUCGACAUCCUUGUGGUUGGCACCCGGUCGAUGGGCGCCAUGGCCCGCCUCGUUCUCGGCUCCACCGCCACCCACAUCAUUCACUCGGCCGAGACGCCUGCCAUCUUUGUUAUCCGCUACGCCCACGAGGAGGACGAAGAGGCGGUCUCGCAUGCAGUGCUGAGCGCACGCGCGGCCGAGCUGUGCGCCGGGAGCGAGUUUGUCAUCAUGGUCACCUCGCGGUCGGCCAACUCGUACGGCGUCCAGCUGGAGAUCCGUGCCUCUCACGGGCUUGGACUCGGGCCCGGGCACGGCGACGAUGGCCACGAUCACGUCCCUAGCGACGACGAGGACGGAUCGACCAUGGUUGCGUUGGUGAAGAGUGUGGUGGCCAUGGGGAUGGCGGUGAACGAGGCCAUGGCCGAGGCUGGGUCGGAUCUCCGCUUGCCCACAGUCUUUAUGCUCGCAGACAACGCGCUGACUUGGCCGGCCUUGCAGCUGCUCUUCACGGCGCUCGCCGAUCCACUUGUUGCCUCCUCGCUCGACGUCAUCAUCUUGAAGGCCUUCCGCAACGCGCUGGCCGGCCCGCCACCGGCUGUCUUCUCGGCCGUCCUCACCCUGCAUUCCCUCCGCGAGCUGCACUUUUCGCACAACGAGCUCGACACAAGCGCCGCCAAGGCGCUGGCUUUCAUGGCGGCCGAUGCGCAGGAGGCCAAGGCUGCCGCCGUCCCCCUCUGGCUCCGUAUCGAGUUCAACGUGGCCAAAGCCAAGGCUCUGGUCAAGGCCCUCGACAACGCCCAUGUCUCGCACUGCAUCGUCUCGCAGAUGGACCGCCACGCCCGUCGCUGCUCGCCCAAGCGCUGCGCCGCCAGCCCGACACCGCUGUUGCACCUGCCGUACCUGUAUGCACAGCGGACGGCGCUACCGCACCAUCGCGCGCAGUUGGUAGAUGCAUCCGCCUCGGCCUCGGCUUCAGCCCCAACACAUGCUGCCAACGUCGCCAUCGGCUCAGCAGCUGACGGUGCCGGUGGCCAGCUCCUCCUCGUUCUCGACACCAAUGCGCUCAUUCUCCUCACCCAGCGCGGUCUCUUCUCCGCACUCGUCGAGGCGCUGUUUGAUGCCUGUGACGAGAGCGAUGGCACCGAGUCGAACGACACGCCGUUCUCCUUUGCCUUUGUCGUCUGUGACGCAGUCAUGGGAGAGCUCGACGCGGUCAAGUCCUAUUCCGGCUCGCCGUCCAAGGUUCGGUCGGCCAUCGCCCGGUUUGUCAAGGACGAUCUAACCCGUUCCGCCGAGGCCGGCCUGGUCGUCUACCCAUCGCGCGCCGCCUUUGAGGGCGCGUACAAGCUCGCCGGUGACGAGUGGCACACUGCGUACCUGCCCGACAACCCGGCCUCGCUCACCACCGACAACCUGCUUGUUGACACCGUGCGUUACCAUGCAGUGCUCGCCGCGCCUGAGGAUCACAACUAUGUCCUCGUGACCGAGGAUGGCGGCAUGCUCGUCACUGCCCAGCGAAUGGGUCUUCCUGUUGUCCGCACCUCCUCGCUCGUGGAGACGCUCACUGCGCCUGAUGCCCAGCCUUGGACCGAGCUUGAUCUCCGUACCAACCUCAUUUCCGCCGUUCCCGGCCUUGGUGAGUGUCUCUCUUCGUUUGAUGAACUGCACGCCUCGGCCGCAGCCUCGGGCUUUUCUUCCAACCCGACCUCAGAGCUCGCUGCCGCCGCCGACCUGGUCGACAACCUCUGUGAGCUUCUCGCCGACGCACCGGACGACACGCUCUCGGCCGCCCGAGCCCGUGCUGCGCACUGGCGCAAGCUUGUCGAACGCAAGAGCAUGUGGAUGGCCCUAGGCUCGUCGACGCCAGCCAAGCUCGGCCGCUUUGCGUCGCCGUCGCCGUCGUCACCGUUUGGUUCGCCGUCGCAGCGUCAGUAUCGUGGGCGCGGACGUGGACGCGGACGCGGGCGCGGGCGCGGGCGCGGGCGUGGGCGCGGGAGACGUAGCAGUGGCAAGCGCGGACGCGGCGGGCGUGGUGGGCGCGGGCGUGGCCGUGGCCGCGGCUAA